CGUUCACCUGGCCUACCUGGGAAUAUAUUUUUCCCGUUUCUCUUUCCGGAGGAAUUUAUUUUCUUUAUAAUUCCCACCCCGAUUCGGGCAAUAAUUUUCUUUGACUUCGUAGGACUAGAUAAGGCGUAAGGUUUAGUGGCCUUAACAACCCCCAACAACAACAACAAUAGCAACAAGAUUUCACGAGUCUUGUCUUAAGAGAUUGUCUGUAUGUAUCCUGAAGAAAAAAAGAAAAUUAAUUGAGGGUUUCCACGACGCUAUAAGCCUUCAAGUACAUGCUAAGUACAGAAGGCGACAGACUUAAAACUAGUUAAAGAUGAGUGCAAGCUCGAACCAACGUCCGUGUGGGUAUGGUAGACAGCUGGGACCUGAUGGAAGGGACGUGAGACCUGCAAACAUCUUGGAACGAGAUGUUAAUGUGGUGUGGACGGUGGGGAUGGAGGAGAUGCUCAUAUAUUUCGUGAGGGCCAACCGCAUGCUGUGGGACCCCAAGCACCCACACUUCACCAAGCCCAUGCUCAAGAGGAGGAAGGUGGAGGACAUUGCUGCCAUCAUCAAGAGAGAGUCUGCAUCACAUGGAGAACUCAACAUUACUGCAGAAGAUGUAUGGAAGAAAUACAGGAAUUUACGGAACUCCUUCCUGCGUGAAGUAAAACGAACAAGUGAUAUAAGACGUGAGAGAGGGAUUAAGACGCAUACCUCCAGCUGGGUUCAUUUUAACAGGAUGCGAUUUUUACUAAGUUCUCUGAAACUCCAAGUCGGCCAUACUCGCCCAGACACUUCUUGUGCUGAGGAGGGGUGUAAUCGUUCAUCAAUGAAAGAAGAAAUCCGUGAUAUUAGUGCAGCUAUUCGUGAUGAGAGUGAAAGGCUUCAGCAAGAAAGUCAGGAAGAAGUGAGGGUUGGUGGGGAGUGGGAGACUUCUGAAGGAGUUGCCCCCUCUCCUACUGUGUUUCCUGGCCAUGAGGGUGCUGCCUCCUCCUCUUCUUCUGCAUUCACCAGACCUACAAAAUCUACAUUUUUGCAGCCUGUGCAAUUGAAUUACAACACCGAGACUUGUGUAUCAGCAAAAAAGAGAUCAGAGCCAAGUAGUACUAGAACAAUGCGUUCUGAUGACUUGGAGAGAGCUGCAAAAGUAUUGCGGAGUCUCGAGAAAGAUCCAGACAUUGCCGAAUGUUUUGGAAAAUUUGUUGCAGCUUCAAUUCGGAAGUUACCAGAAGAAAAUCAACAUGCUCUAAUGUCAAAAAUCACUCAGGUGAUGUCUGAACAUCACACAAUUAAUUUAUCUUAGCCCUGCUUUUAAUUUUACUGGAAUUUUUUUUUAUACAAGUAUUUAGAUUAAUGUGCAAAUUAAAAUGUGUAGCUGUAGAUCACAUACAUUCAACUAUUUUUAUAUGCCUUGGCAGAUUAUAUGACAUGUAUAUUACACUACAUUUCAAGUGUUAUAAGGUUUCAUAAUGUACAUAGACAGCCACUUUUUAUAAUACGGUUGCGUGGGUGUGUGCUUCAGGCAUUACUGAUGCAUGUAGACUUCAUAAGCUUCAUUGCAGCCCCUUAAAGGAAGCUUUCAUUAAGGACAAGGCAUUUAGGGUACAUUAUAGUGAUUGCUGGUUUUUACUUUAGGGCUGCUGCUUCUCUAAAUGGAGAUUUUAACAGCCUUCUUUAGUUAUCAUUAUCAAGAUGCACUUACUUUCAGAUACAUAUAGUAGUAUGCUUUCUUUGAUUUCAGUAUUUUGACAUGUAAGUUUUACUGCUCUAAUAAUUUUACUUUUGAUUUCAUAACUGCUAUUUUGUAUGUUAAAAUAAAAUUUUUAGAAUUUAA